AUGGUGGAUGUGCUGAUGGUAGUGAGCAUGGUGGUAGUGGAUGUGCUGAUGCUGGGCAGCACGGUGGUGGUGGUGGAUUUGCUGAUAGUGGUGAUACGUAAGACGGUGGUCGUGCUAAUGAUGGUGAUAAGUGUCAUGAUGGUGGUUGUGCUCAUGAUGGUGAUAAGUACGAUGGUGGUGAGCACGCUGGUGAUGGUGAAUGUGCUGAUGGUAGUGAGCAUGGUAGUAGUGGAUGUGCUGAUGCUGGGCUGCACGAUGGUGGUGGUGGAUGUGCUGAUAGUGGUGAUACGUAAGACGGUGGUUGUGCUCAUGAUGGUGAUCAGUACGAUGGCGGUUGUGCUCAUAUUGGUGAUAAAUAUGGUGAUGGGAUGUGCUCAUGAUUGUGAUACGCAAGAUGGUGAGAUUUGCUCAUGA